AUUUCUCAAAACAGAACAGCAGCACGCCACUGAAAGCUCGGAAUUCCCCAGGCUUGUUCCUCCAGCCAGCACACUAGGCGCCUAGGUUCGUAGCUCCCUAGGUUCCCUAGAUUCAGCGGAACAUCACCACCGCAUCUCGACUUGUGGUCGCAUCCUGCUCUUGACACUUUCUGGAUUCAAGCCCUCGCCCUUUGAACCCUGGGCCGAAGUGCACUGAAACGGCGUGUUAUUGCGACAAGAGUUUGGCAGUAGUUAGCCGUGUCAAUGUUCGGCGGGGGAACGAGUCGGACGUACGGAGUUAAGUUCCAGGCGAGAUGCAUCGCGGCGCAAGCCGGCGAGAAGCACCACACGCGAUUCCUGGUCGGGACGCUGAGCCUGCGAGAGGAGAAUGAGGUGCAUCUCAUCCAACUGGCGGACGACGGAUCAGAGGUGACCUGCGAGGGGCUCUACCUUCACCAGCACGAGAUCUGGGACCUUGCCACGUGUCCCUUCGACUCUGCGCUGCUCUCCACCGUCUACGCAUCUGCCGGCGAAUACCACGCUGCCAUCUGGCGGAUACCUGACAAGGCUUUCUCACAUGGCACUGGCGCUCCCUCCUUGCAACUGGCUGCAGAGCUCAAGGGACUCGAGGCUCCUGUGAAGAAAGUGCUAUGGUAUGGAGGGGACGUGGCAUUACACAGAGUGAUAACCAUUGACGAGGAGGUCAUCUGCGCCUGGGAUCUCGCCUCCAGCACUCGAGCAGCACAAUUUGCCACGGCGAAGCAGCGAGUGACUGGUAGCGGGCUGCAGAGGCUGCACACGGGAGCAUGGGAUCCACACAAUGCCGAUACUGUUGCCACCACUGCCGACACUUCCAUUGCCUGCUGGGACCUCAGAGCCGCCAUCAAGACAGCGAGCAUAGAGGGCGCGCACCACCUGCAGAUCCGAGACAUCGAUUUCAACCCCAACCACCCGCACAUCCUGGCGUCAGCUGGGGAUGACUCGCGCAUUCGCCUGUGGGAUCUGCGGUCCACCAAGCAAGCUAUCGUGGAGCUGCCAGGCCACUCCCACUGGACGUGCAGUGUGCGCUACAACCGAUUCUACGAUGAGCUCCUGCUGAGCAGCGGCACCGACUCAGCAGUCAACCUGUGGCACGUGCCUUCUGCCUCGGCAGCAGCCUUGGCCGACCACCUGCGCUCCAUACCUAACCCGGCAGGCUCGGGAAGAGCAGCAGCAGUGGCAGCAGCAGGGGGGUCUCCCAGGGGCCCCUUGGAUGAGCUGGCAGUCAGCUUCACAGACUACGAGGACAGCGUCUAUGGCAUCACGUGGAGUGCCAUAGACCCCUGGGUGUUUGCCUCCCUCUCCUAUGAUGGUCGGGUGGUGGUGGAUCUUGUUCCCACUGUCGUUCGGAGCCGCUGCCGCCAUUGAUGAUCCAACCCACUCAGGGCAAGGAUGUUAGGCAGAAGACACGGCUCAUUUUUUGUUAGCACACCAGAUUAUUUGAAGGCCCGCUCCCCUGGUACAAGCUCGAAAACAACCCUCCAUUUUGAAAGAAUUUGAAAACGAUUUUAUCACAACACAUUUGAGGGUGUGACAGUGAAACUGAAGUUGCUCUAUUGUCAGGCAUAUUCAUGCCAGAAAUUAUUGGAUUGGUUGGUAA